AUGGUCAAAGCAGAUGUGCGCAGAGAUUAUUAUGCCGAUCUUGGUGUAGGGCCUGGCGCCGAUACGGAUGAAAUCAAGAAGCAGUUUCGAAAAUUAGCUUUGAAAUACCAUCCCGAUCGAAAUCCAGGACGCGAAACUGAAUUCAUCACAAAGUUCCAGGCAAUUCAAGCGGCGCACGAGAUAUUGAGCGACCCUCAACAACGUUUGAAGUAUGACACCGAGAGACUGCGGGCAGGAUAUGGGAAACUAUAUGGACCUCCGCCCACGAGCGCUCCACGCCGUACAAAUACUACAGCAUAUCCCGCCAGCUCUACAGCCAAGCCACCACCCUCCAAGCCUCAGCCCACUCGACCAGCUUCAUACCAAGCUCCACCGUCCAGCGGUGCCCAGCGUUAUGCAAACUACGCCAAGGCUGCUCCCCAGCAGCCGUACGAUAAAAUGUACGAGCGGGAAACUCGAGCGGAUGCAUUUCGUGCUUUCCAAGGAAUGAAAGCAAACGGUUGGUCGAAGUUUGAUCCCACGUCUGGAAGACCGGCUCCGCCACCGACUCGAAACACAACUGGGGGUACGGGUCCGCAAACCACAUCGCGUGGAAAGUCAGCAUACGAGCAUUUGAAUUCUCGGCCGCAUCCCGAAGCGUUUGGACGGGCAUCAACUGUCAAGAAGAAGCAUGGCUUUGCUCCAAGCACUCCAGGUGGUGACGAACCUAUGGCCCGGAAUAUUUCCUCUUAUCAAAACACACCGCGACAGGAUCGAUCUGCUUUCUUUGACAGUGCACCUGCUCCGACCGCCAAGACGAGAAGGACUCCCGCUUCCUCUCGUCCUGAGACGCCCGUGGAUGAGGUUGCACCAGAGUUUGAGCGUCCCAGCCAUAAGUAUUCAACAGCAGGUGGUGAGAGGACUUACUUUUCCAGUGCAGGAUUGGGCCGAGCUUAUAGUAUGAGAGACUCCUCAACCAGCUCCAAGGCACGAUCACGGACCAAUCCACCCAGUCCUCGUUCUCCGGCUCGUGAGAGGCACCGCAGCGCUAGUCCAGGAAUCAGACGUCCGCACAAGGCUUACACAUCUUCAUCAUCGAGUACCAGUAGCGAGGGUGAAUUGGAUAGCGAUGUUGAUCAACCGACAUUCGUUCCCAGACGGAAGGCCGUUCCAAAAAGUCGGUUGCGACCAGCUCAGGAGUCCCAUUACCAAGGCCCAGGAUCAGGUGAGGAAACUUCCAGCAGCCACCACCAUAUGGACUACCAUUCAUUGCGGAGUCAUCGGCGUCGACGUGGUCUUUUCGACGGGAACCGACCUCAUAGUUACCAUGAAUUCCAGGAUCAGAGUACUGACAGUGAUUACCAUCAAGGAAACGAAUCUGAUAAUCCAUCGUUUGCAGCGAGAGCUCAACAGGCUGCUCGAGCGGAUUAUGUGCCACAAGGAAGCACAUUGAAUCCGGAUCAAGCCGCUGAAGGGCUUGCCAAUCUCAAUUUCUCUCAGAAUGGCGCCAAGAGUAGAAGCCAUGACAAUUUGAACAAACGAUUUUCUGCCAGCGAUUGGGGCGAUGCCUUCAAGCCAGAGCAUUUUGCGCCGAAUCAGAUAAACGGACAUCGUCGAAGCAGAUCGAAAACUUCACCCACGCGUGGUAGACAAGAGAGAAGGUUUGACUCCAAGUCGCCAGCUAAUGGCCUGUCUUCAAGCGAUGAAGCUGCUAAACAACAGAGCUCCAACUCAUGGACUCAAUCUCAAUUCUCUGCCGACGCAUGGACUCAACAUCUUCAGAGUAAAAAUUGGAUGUUCCAACCGAAUCAGACACAACAAGGAACUCCGGUUGGUGCGACAACAGGACGGAGUGCUUCUCGAGCGGCAAGACGCCCGACGCAGACCCGACAACCAGGUGUAGCGACAGAAGCCGAGGAAGAAGAAAUCACAAUCUCGAUCCCUUCGCCAAAAGGUACAACGACUCCAGUGCCAGAUGCAAUGGAGAUCGAUGAUGAGCCUACUUCUCACUCGACCAAAACACGGACAAAUGGAUACGUACCGUCGCCAUUGGGACCUACAAAACCCGAUUCAGGUGUUAAGGGUGGUGACGAUGGAAAGACAUCAGAAUGGAUUAGUAGCCUUUUCAACAUGAACACGCUCAAUAACGUAGCUCCUAUUGCCAAUACCGGGGGCAUAAACGAUUUGACUGACAUCUACUCAACGCUUCCUUUCGAGUCUCGUGCAAACGAUCCGAAUACGGGCCGUCGAAUGGCUCCCCAGAGGACCAAAACGAGCCUCCCGCAGCCACCAAGGCGUCCUUUACGACCAGGUGUAGUACCAAAUGGCAAUGACCCAAGGAAUAUGGUUCUCCCAAAGCAAGCUUGGGAAAAUUAUGAGAAACAGAUGAGCGCGUACAUCAUUGAAUGGAACAAAUUUCAACGACAGAUGCUACAGCUUCUAGCUAUGCGACAGCUGGGAUUUGAGACUGGCCUGGCUCCUAGAUGGAUUAAUGCUACGGGUGACUCUCUUCAAUUGAAUACCAAAUCCAACGAGGAUGACGCCGAUGUGCAACCGGACGAGACUGAUACUGAUAAUGAGCCUGAUAUACUUCUCCCGCACAAUCCUCACGGUGGGUUCAAAGCAUAUUUCAACUCUGUCGAUGACUACAUGCGCGUCGUUGAGCACUGGUCGGUUGCAUUGGAACGGCACCGGGAAUGCAUAUCGCAACUUGGUGAACUUCGCAAAGGAAAGAUUACCGACUAUCUAUCUCAAGAUGCGACACUCUGCUGCCGUUCGGCUGGUGGACACAACGCCGGUCACACCAUCGUCCACGACUCUGUGACCUACGACUUCCACAUCCUCCCCUCCGGCCUCGUCUCGCCGAAAUGCAUCAACCUCAUCGGCGCCGGGACCGUCGUCCACAUCCCCAGCUUCUUCAAAGAACUCGGCGCCCUCGCCGACAAGGGUCUCGUCGACGUCAACAAGCGCGUCUUCAUCUCUGACCGUGCCCACGUCUGCUUCGAUUUGCACUCCGUCGUCGACGGAUUGGAAGAAGCCAAGCUCGGCGGCCGGAAAGUCGGUACUACGGGUAAAGGUAUUGGCCCCUGUUACAGCGACAAGGCUGCGAGACGCGGUGUGCGUGUUGGUGAAAUUCUGGAUGAGGAGGUGUUUGAGCGGAAGCUGCGCAAUUUGGAUACUGGAUACAGGAACCGAUUUGGAGAUUUGGCGUAUGAUGUUGAGGAUGAAAUCAACCGCUUCAAGGAAUACCGCCAAAAACUCAAGCCAUACAUCAUCGAUCAACUCCCCUUCCUCCAAAAAUACAAAAACGACGACCGCAUACUCGUCGAAGGCGCUAAUGCCCUCAUGCUCGAUCUCGACCACGGCACAUACCCAUUCGUCACAUCAUCAUCCACCGGCCUUGGCGGCGCCAUCCAAGGCCUCUCCAUCAACCCCACCAAGAUCAAGAGCAUCAUCGGCGUUGUCAAAGCCUACACAACCCGCGUGGGAUCCGGUCCCUUCCCGACAGAACAACUGAACGAAUUCGGCGAAAAGCUGCAAGUUGCAGGCCGCGAAUUCGGCGUUACGACUGGUCGCAAGCGUCGUUGCGGAUGGUUUGAUCUUGUGCUCUGCCGCUACUCGCUCGCCGUGAAUCACUACACAGCCCUCAACCUGACAAAACUCGAUAUUCUGGAUGACUUUGACGAAAUCAAGGUCGCUGUUGCAUACAAAUUGCCUGAUGGAAUGAGACUGGAGGCUUCGUACCCCGCCGACCCUAAUGUGAUUGAGAAGUUGGAAGUGGAAUACAUCACCUUACCGGGAUGGAAGAGUAAUACCAUGGGUCUUACGAAAUACGAGGACUUGCCCGAAAAUGCGCGCAAGUAUGUCGAGUACAUUGAGAAGGGGUUGGAUGGCGUUCCUAUCAAAUGGAUCGGUACGGGCCCAGCUCGCGAGCACUUGAUCAUUCGGUAA